AUGAGGAGGAGGGUGGAGGAGGGGCUCCCGCCCCCACCAGAGAGGAGAGGCCAGCCAGAGCUGAGCGUUGGGCCCCAGGCCCAAGCCAGCUGGCGCUGGGGCACCCCGGGCGCCUUUGCGGUGCACACUCCAGACCACCCCAAGGAUGGCAGGCCAGAGAUGAGCGUGGCCGGCCCCGGCCCAGGCCAGGCUGUGAGCCCCAGCCACUCAGGACAGGGUUUGCGGAAGGACCGAUGCAGCCUGUCUGUAGCCCUGCCCCUCAGGUUGGCCUGUGGCUGCUGGGGCAAAGGUCCCGGGUCAGCACUGGAGCUCAUGGUUCUGCUGGAUUGCAGUUGCCAGGUAACCGUUGUCAAGGCCGCCACUGUUGUAUCCCAGCAGAGACUUCCCUUGACCUUGCUGGACAGCCGACCUAAAGGCCACGCUCAGCCAGACCAGCACCGGCCCGGCGGCGGUGGAGGACUCGCUCGGCAGGGGCAGGAUGCAGAAAUGGCUUCGCUGGCUGCCCAGCCCCACGGUCACCACCGGGAUGAGAGCCAGCCACACGCCGAUGCCGAAGCCCAGGACACAGAGAGGCCCGCUUCCCUGGGCAGGGCAGGCCUGACGGGGGACCCCGUCAAAGGGCUGGGCCCCCAGGCUGCCCGCAGGCCCCACAGGCUGGUGAGGGCAGCGGCUUCCCCUUGGGGACCUCUCCUCCGCGCCCCCAGGCCUGGAACCCACAGCCACCUCUGGCCUGUUCACUACCGGGGCCAGCCCAGGCGGACCCACCUUGGCUCCAAGAGACCCAAGCGGCUCAGGGUCCGGCAAUCCCACUGGCGCCCAGACUGGACCCAUGACAGACAGAUGGGGAGCAGUGGUGAGCUAAGCCAGCUGGACCAAGAUGCAGAUCUCCCCGAAGAUGCAGACCCUGCCAGGCUCCCCGAGGCCCCUCUGGAGGACAGCCCAGAGGAGGUGGACAAGACACCGUUCAGCACCGGACACGGCCCCUUCUUCUACAUCGGAGGCACCAACGGGGCCUCAGUAAUCAGCAACUACUGUGAGAGCAAGGGCUGGCAGCGCACGCAGGACAGCCAGCGCGAGGACUGCAAGCUCAAGUGGUGCGAGGUCAAGUGCAAAGACAGCUACAGCAGCUUCCGGGAAGGCCAACAGCUGCUGUUCCAGCUCCCCAACAACAAGCUGCUGACCACCAAGAUCGGGCUGCUCAGCGCCCUCCGAGAGCACGCACGUAUCCUGAGCAAGACCACCAAGGUGCAGACGGGCGCUCCGACCAAGGCCCUGAAAAUGGAAGAUUUUUUCCCAGAGACCUACCGGCUAGACAUCAGGGAGGAGAGACAGGCCUUCUUCAGCCUGUUUGAUGACACCCAGAUGUGGAUCUGCAAGCCCACCGCCUCCAACCAGGGAAAGGGCAUCUUUCUGAUCAGGAGCCAGGAGGAGAUCAGCACCCUGCAGGCCAAGACCCAGAGCAUCGAGGAUGACCCCAUCUACCGCAAGAUGCCCUUCCGGAUGCCACAGGCUCGAGUGGUGCAGAGGUACAUCCAGAACCCACUUCUGUUGGAGGGGAAGAAGUUUGAUGUGCGCUCCUACCUGCUCAUUGCCUGUGCUAUGCCCUACAUGGUCUUCUUUGGCCAUGGCUACGCCCGCCUUACCCUCAGCCUCUAUGACUCCACCUCCACUGACCUCAGCGGCCACUUGACCAACCAGUUUAUGCAGAAAAAGAGCCCCCUGUACACGACGCUGAAGGAGGACACUGUGUGGAGCAUGGACCGUCUGAACUGCUACAUCAAUGACAAGUUCAGAAAGGCCAAGGGCCUCCCCAGAGACUGGGUCUACACCGCCUUCACGAAGCGGAUGCAGCAGAUCAUGGCCCACUGCUUCCUGGCGGUCAAGUCCAAGCUGGAGUGCAAACUGGGUUACUUUGACCUGAUUGGCUGUGAUUUCCUGAUUGAUGAGAACUUCAAGGUGUGGCUACUGGAGAUGAACUCCAACCCUGCCCUGCAUACCAACUGUGAAGUCCUAAAGGAUGUGAUUCCCAGAGUGGUCAUGGAGACCCUGGACCUGGCGCUGGAGACCUUCCAGAAGAGUCUGCGCGGCCAGAAGAUGUUGCCGCUGCGGGCCCAGCGCCGCUUCUCGCUCCUGCACAACGGGGAGGCCGACCCGUGGCCGCGCUCCGGGGGCCCGCGCGCCGGGGGCCCGCGCCCCGCGCCGCCCCGCGCCGCCGCCGAGGCCUCGCCCUGCGCGGGCCGCGCGGAGCGGAGGGGCGCUCGCAGGCCCGGCCCGCCGCGGGCCCCCGGCCGGCCGCCCUCCUCCCCGCGCCGCCCGCCGCCGCCCGGCCCCGGGGAGCGGCCGCCCGAGGGCGGCGAGGACGCGGAGCCGCCGGAGGAGGAGCGCGAGGCCGAGCCCAGGGCCGCCGGCCACCGGGGCUCCUGA